AUGGGGUGUCACACACCAUAUCAACCCGAGACUCCAAUAUCAGCCCGAGGACCUUUGGUCUGUGCGAUACAGAUUUUGUCAUUCGAUAUUUCGAGAUAUAAAUCAACGAGCCAGGCUUCAACAUGGCUAUGUGCAGUUCCCACAUGUAAUACUUUUUACAUCUCAAGUAACGCAGUGGAUAGAGUUGAAGGCACCUGUACGAGAACCUCUGUGAUAGGAGGAAGUAGCCCAGAAAAGACAGUGUGGUGGAAAGUGGACCUGGGCGAUAUUUACAGUAUUUACAGUAUAAAUAUACUGUUUAAGGACCUUCCUGGUUAUGAGGAUCGACAAAGAGGCCGAUUUGCAGGAUUUUCUUUGUUUAUAUCAGAGUCUGGAAAAAGAGAGAACCACUCACUUUGUUACAAAGACGGACCAGAAUUACCUCCAUUGAAUUUUACGACAACUUGUACCGGAUACGGACGUUAUGUCAUCUUUUACAAUGAACGAUUAGAUGGAGUUGAUUAUCCUGAUGGAUACGAAAUCCACACACUUACUGAGUUAUGCGAAGUGAUAGUAAAAGGUUGUAAUAAAUCCUCAUAUGGAAGAAAUUGUGACAGAAAAUGUUCCGUCAACUGUGAGGAUCAAAGAUGUAACAUCGUAAAUGGAACAUGCAUAAGAUGCACGAAAGGGUGGAAAGGAAGCUCAUGUGAAAAUAAGUGUCCAAAAGGAUGGUAUGGGCUAGGAUGUAAACAACAAUGUUCUGGCCAUUGUAUAAAUAACGAAGUCUGUAAUCACGCGACCGGUCGUUGUGAUAAUGGAUGUGCUGAUGGAUGGAUAGGAAUAACAUGUGAAGAAUCAUGUAAAGAUGGAAGCUAUGGACCAGGUUGUAUAUAUAACUGCAGCGGUCACUGUUUUGAUGAUGUCUACUGUAACAAACAAACUGGACACUGUGGCACAGGGUGUAAACCAGGAUAUACAGGGAGUUUAUGUAAAACAGAAUGCACCAUAGGAUACUUCGGAAACCAAUGCAAGGAACAUUGCAGCCAUAACUGUUUGAAUGAUGAGAUAUGUAACCACAUUGACGGAGUAUGUACAAAUGGGUGCAAGGACGGAUAUAUCGGGGAAAGAUGUAAUAAAUCAAUCUCGGCUUCUGAUGCUGUGUGCAGUAACAAGAAUCACAGUGCCAUUACAAUAGGCUUUGGUGUCUCACUUUCUGUGAAUUUGAUAUUUCUUGCUGGAAUUGUAUUUUUAUUCAGGAGACAGAUGUUACAAAAUUUCAGAACAAGUAAUAAUUCAAGACCUGUUGGAAAAUUUUCUCAAGACACCCAAGUUAUUGAAGAAGUGAUGGAGAAUAAAAACAACUAUCAGCAAUUAAUGGCCUCUACAGAUAACAAUGAAUAUCAAGUCAUACACACGUCAGACAAAAAUCCAUCAGAACCAGGAAACACAUACCAAAACCUUGCAUUGAGUACUCUAUAG